GCAGCAAUGGCAGAAAACACAAGUCCAGCUAUCACUAUGACUUGUGAGGUUUGUUCAGAGUAUUACACUGACCCCCUCAUGCUUCCCUGUCUUCACUCAUUCUGUAAGAAGUGUCUAAUAAAAGCUAAAGAGAAGCAAGGUAGUGCUGAUACCUCAUUAAAGUGCCCAACGUGUGACACUAGCAUUAAUUUACCUGAUGGUAAAAUUGAAGGCCUCACUCAAAACCUUUGGUUUGAACAUAAAUCAAAAGAGGCUUCGAUCAAAAGGAAAAUUGUUAGCAAGGAAGUAACAUCAUGUGAUAAAUGUAUCAUUGAUGAUUCCAGUGAUGCAGCUGUCGUGUAUUGCUGUGAUUGUGGCCAGUUUCUGUGCGAUCUUUGCAAGAAAGUUCAUAAGCGAAGCAGGAAAGAAGCCAAUCACAAGUUGAUUGAUUUAGAAACAAAGGAAUCCAUUGAACUGCCUACUGUCAAGCAUGAAGCCAUUUAUUGCAUCCAACAUUUAGAAAAGCUGACAUACUACUGCAAGGAUUGUGAUAAAUUAGUUUGUCAGAUUUGUCUUAACAUUCAUCAUAAAAGUCACAACUACAAUUAUUACAUAGAUGAAGGAGAUACAGCACGUAAAGCAUUAAAGGAAAGUGUUGCUAGUUGUGAUAAAGUCAUUCCUCCAGUCACCGAAGCUAUUGCUAAUGGAGAGAAGAUGCUAGAGCAGAUAGCAACACAUAAAGAAGAAAUGAGGCAGGAAAUCAAGGAAACGUUUGAAAAGCUUAAAGCUGCUUUAGAUAAGAGAUGCAAUGAUCUACUAAUGGAGACAGAAGAGAUUGCUGGCACUAAGAGAAAUUCUGUCGAGAAGCAGUUGGACAGGUUUCGUAAACUGGUAAAACAGGUUUCUCAUGGUCGUCAUCUUGCAUCGUCAGUGAGUGAGCGUACUGAUCCAGGUGAAGUUCUCAGUGUUAAGAAGCUAAUCACCAAUCAACUGGAGGAAUUUAUUGAAGAGAGUAAGAAACUACCUCUAGAAAUAGAAGAUAAAAAAGUAGUUGUAGCACGCCUUGAUAUACUUACUUUAAGUAAAGAAAUCAAUGAGUUUGGAAGUGUCUCCGAGGUUUAUAUAGAUCCAGCUGCAUACUGCAUUGAUAGUGGGUUAGCUAUUCCAUUGGCAACAGUAAAGAAAAAAAGGAAAUUCAAAGUGGCCCUACCAGCAGGCAUUGAUAAAGCAGCAAGCUAUUUGAAGGCUUCCUUUAUCAAAAGUGAUGGUAGUAAAGAGGAGGGUAGAGUUGUUAUAGCUAAUGAUAACAACACAGCCAUUGUAUCAUGCACACCUCAAAGUAUUGGUGGAUAUGAACUAUCA